ACCCGGAGCCAGACGAACAAAAUGCGGGGUAUACACGUGGUAUCUGUCCUCGCAGUUAACUUUUUAUUCUUUAUAAACACAGAAGCAGCAUCCUUUUCGUCGAUAUGUAAAAUAGGAGAUAGUGCAUGUAUCAAGAAAGUCGCACAAGACUUCGUGCCAAUAUUUGCUGCUGGCGUGCCAGAAUGGGGUGUGGAGCCAUGUGACCCCCUCCACAUCAAACGUAUUGAUGCCAGCACUCCGAGCCUGAAACUGAUCACAAAGGAUCUUGUCAUCACAGGACUAAAGAACAUGGUUGUGAAGAGCAUCAAAUUCGAUGAAGCAGCCAAAACUGUUGGAAUCAAAUUACAAGGAAACGUCCAAGUAGAAGGCCAGUACGAUAUGAAAGGAAACCUGUUGUUCCUACCGAUUGAAGGAAAAGGACCAUUACAUGCAACCCUACGCAAAUUGGGUCUUAACAUCAAAGCAACCAUUAAAGAGCAGGUUAAAGAUGGUAAAACACACUGGGUUUUCGAGUUCAAAGACAGCAGUUACGACCUUAAAGAGAAAUCUGAUGUAGUAUUCGAAAAUCUGUUUAAUGAAAAUGAGUCUUUAGCUGCUGCAGCCAAACAAACGAUUGCUGAAAAUGGCAACGAAAUUGUCUUGGAAGUUGGACCGCCAGUGAUAAGAGGUGUGAUCGACAACAUAUUAGUACGAGUCAACGAAAUGUUCCUCGCUAAGCCCAUUGACGAAUUACGUAUUAAGUUACAGAACGUUUUGAUUUUAGCUUUAGUGUCCAGUAUGAUAGUGCAUGCACCAGGCAAAACCAAAAUGUGGGCUACGUCAUUAGUCGUAAGCCUUUUCCUCGUGAAUGUGAACGCAGGAUAUUUCUCAGCAAAAUGCAAGUUGACCGACUCAGACUGCUUGGUGAAGUCAGCGGAGGAGUUCAUCCCAAAGUUCACAAAUGGCAUUCCAGCUUUAGGUCUGCAGCCGAGUGAUCCACUUUUCAUCAAAAGAAUCGAUUCUAGCAACAACCUGCUAAAGUUGAUCCUGACGGAUGUGAACAUAACAGGCUUCAAGAACACAAUCGUGAAAAGGAUCAGAUUCGACGAGUCUAAAUCGACUAUGCUUUUGAAGUUGUUAAUAACAUCCUAUUUGGAAAGUCAGUAUGAGAUGUCUGGUAAUCUGUUGUUUCUACCUCUGCAAGGGAAGGGUCCGCUACAUGUGAAGCUUCGUAAACUGGAAAUCAAUUUACUUGUUAACUACAAGGAGGUAGCUGGUGAAGACGGUAAGCCUCACUGGACCUUCACAUACAAGAGUCAUACUUUUUUCCUGAAAGACAGAUCCGAUGUGGAAUUCGAAAAUCUCUUUAAUGGAAAUGAACUUCUUGCUAAAACUGCCAAAGAAGUAAUAGCGCAAAGUGGAAAUGAAAUCGUACAAGAAGUUGGACCUCCAGUUAUAAAAGCAACGAUUGAUGCGAUAAUUUCCCGAUUUAAUGAUUUGUUUAAAGGGAUUCCAAUUGAUGAAACACACGCAUAAGUUGAAACAAAUAAAAAAGAUAAAUUAAUAUUUUGGUACCU